AUGAUUGAAGGACAGGAGAUGGUAGUUUCAAACUUAGGAGAUUGCAGAGCAGUUCUAUCUAGAGGUGGAAUAGCUGAAGCCAUCACAAAAGUUCAUAGAGCAGGACGAGAACGAGCAGAAAAGAAUCGAGGACAAGGUACUUCUAAAGCUUAUCUUGAAACCCUUCAAGGAAGAUAUGUAGAGCUUCAUCGUGGAACUUGGAGAGCUCAUGGAAUACUAUCUGUUUCAAGAAGCGUUGGAGAUGUUCAUUUGAAAGAUUGGGUAUGGGCCGAGCCUGAUACCAAGAAUGAAAAUAAUGGCAUUACUGAGAAACUGGAUUCUUCUGGUGGACUUUUGGCUGCUUACAAGGAGCUUGCUGGACUUGCUAACAAAUCUGGUCCAUCACAAACUACAUCCAACUGCAAAUCUGAUAUUGAAAAUCAGGGAACAGAUCACAGAGUUUAUGCACCUCACGGACUACAUCCCAACUGCAAAUCUGGGAACAAAUCUGGUGCAUCACAGAACAAAUCUGAUGCAAAAAAUGGAAACCAAAUGCAAGACUCAGACUACAUCCCAACUGGUCCAAUCUACUUGAAUUCGAAUGUGAUAUUGAAGCUUCUCAAUCUGUACAAAGAGGACUGCAAUAACCCGCAGCAAUAUCCCUGUACAAAGAGGACUACAAUAACCAGCAGCAAUAACACUGUUAGACGACCAUUAACUGCAGGAGAAGAAUUACUUAUUUUCACUUCAGGAUUAUUCUCAGCUGGAUUUUUUUCCUCUUCUUCAUCACAGUUUUUUGGUUUGCCUUAUUUUCCUGACUUCUUCUCUUUCCCAGCUUGCAACUUCAUCGAGCUGGGUGAUGAGGGCUUUGAGCUGGGCGAUGGCAGCUUCCUUCGUGGUGGUGGAUUAGGGGUUCUCUUCCGGGAGCCAACGAGGGGUUUGGGAAUUUAG